ACUUGCCUGCCGGAGAGCCGGCGAGUCCAGUGUCCAGGCGGCGCCUUAGCAAGAACCUAAAGAAACCGAACCGUCGGUUCUCGAAGAGCUUCAAUGAAUCUGGUUCACGUGAAUCCAGAGGUUCUGAGAUGAAGGUUCUCGACGAAUCUGGUUCUCGUUGCUCAGGCUCGAAAAGUUUGAGCCGGAAUACUUCUAACCGGAUGUCCACGCUCGAUUUUCUGCGGAACAAAUUAGGCAAACAUGGCCGCGGAUCAACAAACGAAGGUGUGAACCACGACAAGCAUGCGCCGAACCAUGUGCAUUCUCAGAACCAAUUUGUGAACCAGCUUGCACAGAAACAAUUGCAGAAGCAAGUGCAAAAGCAAGCACAAAAGCUCAUUCACAAAUAUCUUCACGAGUCGGACAACAGUUCCAGCAUUUCCCAUCUCGGGUUACGCGUGGACGACGGAGGGACGAUGCGCAGCUCGGACGACGAGGCCGCCGUCCACCCCGAAGACGUGACGUCCCCCGCCCCCCACACCCGUCCCCCCGCCCACGAUCCUGAGCACUACAUCGCCGCCCUCGCCCACUACGCCGCUCCUGCCGCCCACCCGCCGCCCACUCUGCCCGUUCACAAGCCUCAGGUGGGGGAGAAGGGGGGCGGCGCCCCCGAGAUGUGCACCCGUCAGUUCUGCUCGCUGGGGGAACUCUUGAAGAACCUGCAGCAGGACCUGGCAUCUGCCUACAUAAGCUUCGUGCAGGAGCUGGUGGCGCAGGGGGGCGCAUGGCUGCUGCUGGACCUGCUGAGGGGGGCGCAGCGGGGGCAGGGAGCCCUCAGGGAGAGCGCGUGCAGCAGGCAGCAGCAGCAGGCUCUGCAGAAGGCGCUGCAGGAGGAGCUGUGCGUGCUGCGCUGCCUGCGUUACUGCCUGCGUUAUGACGUGACGCCGACGCUGCUGGCGCGUUACCAGCACGGNCUGCUGGACCUGCUGAGGGGGGCGCAGCGGGGGCAGGGAGCCCUCAGGGAGAGCGCGUGCAGCAGGCAGCAGCAGCAGGCUCUGCAGAAGGCGCUGCAGGAGGAGCUGUGCGUGCUGCGCUGCCUGCGUUACUGCCUGCGUUAUGACGUGACGCCGACGCUGCUGGCGCGUUACCAGCACGGCCUCUACUGCGUCACCGCCGCCGUCAUCACCGAACUCAGCCGCUCCAGGACCAUGGCGUUACAGGUGCUGACGCGGGUGUGUGAAGGUGGAGGGGCGGAGGGGCAGCGGGAGGUGCUGGCGGCGAUGUCGGCGCUGCGGCUGCGCUGCGCUGAGAGCGUCCGCUUCAAGUUCCUCGUGUCGCUGCUGCUGGGGCGCCCUGUGCCCAGCGUUGCCGUGUGGACACUGCGCCUGGUGAACGCGGUAGUCGAGGGCGCGUCGGGGCUGCGGCAGCGCAUCCACCUUCAUACUGCUGUAGAGCGCGCGGGUGUCGAGGGCGCCGCGUUCAGCGCCAUCGAAGCGCAGCUCGCGCGCUGGCAGCAGAACUACGUCGACGUCUCCGCCCUGGGUUUGCAGCUCGAUGGUCUGCAGACCGCCAACCAGGGCCUCCUUCAGGAGCUGGCCAACCUCAGGGAGGCCAACAUGAAACUACUGGAAGAAAACGUGUUGCUGAAGACUGUAGGUGGGGAGGUUCAGGAACAAUACAUGGCUCUGCAGCGCCGUCUCCAGAUGAACGGUCUCCCUACUGCCCCUUCACCCACGCCCUCUGUGUCAGACUCAGACAUCUCCUCCAUAGGGCCUGUCAGACGAGGAACCGUUCUCAGGAGGCCUUCUAAGUCCUUCACCAGGAGCUGCAGUGCGGACACAGUAAUUGUGGACAAGGGCGCCAAAGACGCAGUCCAGCGAUCCGCAACCCCAGACGUGCUGCCGAGGAAAUCUAACGGACACGUUAACAGUGACACAUUUACGUACACGAGUGGAGCGAAAUGUGUUAAGGAUCUUCCUCCGGAACCCUUACCUCGGUCCACUUCUCUAAUGCCACGAGCCAACUCUUCCAAAGAGAAUAUGAGGAUCAAUGAUGUUGAAUCGCCGACUGUUAUGGCUCCCUGCUAUGUCAACCCAAUAGACAUGGCGCUCUUGGGAAGAGAUGCUAACGAAACAUUGGACCGCUAUUCGCCUCCGGACAUGGCGCUGACCUCGAAUUAUGCGAAUAUAAAUAAUAUUAGAAACGAAGUCGCCAAAAUUGGAUCAAAUGAAGCCGGACUUCAAUCGUCGAACACUAAAGAAAACAAGUACCCAACCACUACAAAGAGGAGAGCGCCGCUAAUUCCUGACUCCAUCCAUCGCGACGGCUCUUUGUGUUCGUCCACUUCUUCUCUAUCUUCCUCGUCCUCUUGUUCUGCCGCCUCCAUCAAAGGAGGUGCACAGAGGAACAGCCCGCAACAGAUUUACAAGCCGGAUUUAGGACCCCAGUAUGAAAACAAAGCAGAGAUCGAAGAAGGCCAUAACGCUGUAGCAGAUCCUGAGUACCAGAACGUUUUGAAGCUCAAAAAUAUCGAGUCAAACGCACUCACAAGCCUCGAUGAGAAGGACUAUGAGCGGGACAUGGUCGUGUACGAGGCCAUCACCAUGGGCAACGACAUGAUCGAGCUCGUGAGUCGAGGAUCGUCGAGCGAGGCGUCGAGUCAGGCGAGCAGCACCAACAGGAACAUCAGGAAAGUGAACUCGAGUGUCCAGAGGCACAGGAAAAACUCCAAUGAAACUUCCAUGGCUGGUUCUGGGAGGUGGGGAAGUGCUGAUAGUCCUAACGAACAGACGACCGUUCGUGACUCCGUUAAGCAUUAUGAGAACUUGUUAACUGGAGACUCGGCAAAAAAUUUUUAUGAAGGUGACGCGUCGGGCAAAGGCACUAAGUCUGCCAAAAAUAUAAGUGACGAUAAAAAUGCUUAUGGCAAGAGUAGAGGCAGUUCACCAAUUUCGGACUCACAGGGCACCGUGAAGGACAUUCCCAUUAGCGGAAUAAGGGAAGGCAGAGUUAGUCCUGAAGGCCAAAAUUUAGAUGAAGUCAAAAUAAUCCCAAGUCGCGGACCUCAACUGCCGGCCAAGAAGCGGAACCUCAACGUGGCUUCUUCGUGUGAACCUAUUAUGAUAUUUGACUUCGACUCGCCGACAGAAACAAGUGACUCUGAGUCAUUCAAUCGCAACGAUCGAUGCCCAAGUCCUCGCACGAUCGAGACUGAGUCCACUCGUUCGUUCGGAUUCAUCCAGCCCGACAAGAUGCUACGACGCAGAGACACCUUCAUGGAUCACACAGAUUCCUCUAAGGCAUCAAAAGGCAAACGGCGCGGCUUGAGACGAAGCGAGAGUUUCCAAGCCGGCGACAGCGAGCAAGGCAGCGUCAUGGGUUACGCCAUGAGACGGGGCGGGUCCACAGAUCUUCUUAUCGAAGCUGAUGACCAAGGCCAGGAAGUGCUUAUCAACGGACGGACGUUCACCAAAUAUACCCCGCAAGACGUUCUCCUCAACAACGAAGUCAACGAGCUGUUGACGGCAGCGCUGAAGAGACGUCAGUGUCGCAGCGUCGAAGACAGGCUAGACCAGUGGCUUGAAGAAGACCUUAGAAGACACAACCCAGUUAAUCUCUUACCCAGGACCAAGUUCCGUAGCAAAAAGAGGGAGAAUUCAUCCCGGUUAAACCAUGACGAGGAAAGACUCAUUUCCAAGUUUGAUAAGAACAAUAACAGCAAAAGCAAAGCUUCCAAUUUCCAGAAAUUGAGCAAAGCAAAGAUCCUCCAAAAGCGAUUCAGCAACUCCGAGCUCAUUGCCUUCAAUGGAUUCAUCAACCCCGGCUCCGGUUUUGUCGAAACUGAAUACGGAUCAAAUUUUGUCCUAAACAAAGCCCCAAAUAAACGUAAAACCGAAUUUCUCGGCGACACUGCCGAAUUUGGCGUCCAUGAUUUUCCCCCGACGUCCGCCCACGAUUUCUCAUCGCCCCUCGUCCAGCCCUGGGGCAACGAUGGCCGCUGGAACGCUCUGGAUAUUGACCCCGACAUCCCCACACCAGAUUACGGCGUCACCCCCGCUGGGACAUUGAACGCUACUUCCCCUCUUGCUCGGCACAUCCUCGACAUCCCAUCAGGCCUCUACUGAGGUGCCAUUAAAACAAUUGAUUGUCAUCCGAAAAUUACUGAAAUGGACUACAUAUGUUUCCCCAUCUUGUGCCACUGAAACUUGAACUUAAGAGCAGACAAAACACCGAUUCCAUUAACCAUAUUUUCAAUGAAAACGUUUCGGAGAUCAGCUCCAUCAUCAGUUCAAA